AUGAAUUUGAAAGCUCCGGGGUCGGGGAGGAUCACGUAUUCCCGAUUUAAGACGUCCAUCGAGCGGAAGCUGGCGGCUCGGACUCCGGUGGCGAGCAGCCCUAUGGUCACAAGAUGGCAGCAGCUGCACGCGGAGCCGAAGCUCAUCGGCCCAACUGCCGAGGCUACAGGUCAGGCGGGAUGCAGGCAACGUUUUCACGCUGCGGACGGACUCACGCACGGCGUACAAGUGGCACCUCAGGUGUCUAAGAAACUCUCCAACAUGAAUGUUGUGACUCUGCCUAGCAGUCAUGCUGCAGAGAGGAAUAACAGGAAAGAUGAAGUGGAAAGGAAGCAGAAAUUUCCUUCUCAGCUUCUGAGGGUCCAAGAGGUUGCAUAUAGCAUUGCAGAAAGCAGCGAUGUUAAAAUCUGUGGAAAUACCAAUUGUGUCUGGAAAGGAUGCCAAAGGGGGACCCAGAAUGAGUUUAGAACUAUUACCACAGUGAAAUCUUCCACACCCUUGGAGCCAGAUGUGAGGCUUCAGGUUACUGACUUGCGUGAUGAUUACUAUCUUAACAUACUGGACUGGAGCCUUGAAAAUCUCAUUGCUCUAGCUGUAGGACCUGCUGCAUGCGUCUGGAAUGGAAGCAGUCUUCAAGCUGUUGAAAGCAUUGAUUUGAAUUCCAGUUACAAAUACAUUUCAUCUCUGGCUUGGAUAAAAGAAGGAACUUGCCUUGCAAUUGGCACCAGUGAUGGAGAAGUGCAACUCUGGGACAUUGAAACCAAAAAGAGAUUGAGAAAUAUGUUUGGUCACCUCUCUGUAGUUGGAGCUCUGAGCUGGAAUCAUUAUAUUCUGAGCAGUGGUUCACGACUAGGAUCUAUUCAUCACCAUGAUGUUCGGAUUGCUCAGCACCAUGUUGGAACUCUUUGUCAAAACAAGCAAAGCAUUUGCAGCCUCAAAUGGUCACUAGCCAACCAGUUGCUGGCAAGUGGGUCCAGUGAUGGUAUAUUGAAUAUCUGGCCUAGUGACCCCGGUGUGAAAUUGCAGUCACAGCCACUGAAAACCAUACCUCAUUCCUCAGCAGUUAAGGCUAUAAACUGGUGUCCUUGGCAGUCCAAAGUCCUUGCUACAGGAGGUGGAAUGAAAGAUGGGAUUUUACGUGUCUGGGACAUAAAUCGUGAGAAAGUCAUCCAAACUGCAGCUACAGAUUCUCAGAUUUGUUCCUUGCUUUGGUUACCCAACAAUGGUGAACUGAUGACUGGUCAAGGACUUCCUGGAAAUCAGAUGAAAAUAUGGAAGUAUCCUAAGCUUACCAAUUCAUCAGAACUCUACGGUCACAAAGGAAGAGUCCUGCAUCUUGCCCUGAGCCCAGAUGACAGCAGACUCUUUUCUGUUGCGGCUGAUGGCAUAGCUUGUCUGUGGAAAUGACAUGAAUCUGUGGAGAGCAAGCACAGCAGACAGGCUUUUUCUAAUGGUUAUUUGAGCCAAUUCUUGUGCCUUCUUUUCCUUGAAAGCAAGUGGUUAAAUGUGUUUUGCCCAUUCAAGAAUUCAAAACGUGUGUUUCUUCCAAUGGAAACAUGA